UAAAGCAGCAAAAGAGAGUGUUGAAAAUAAAUAAAUAAACUCGAAAUCUCUCUUUCACUCACUCGAGUCGACUCUACUACAACUUCCUGAUUAGGUUUUCUCUGCAUGCUAAAUUGUGUGUGAGGUAAAUUAGUAAGCAAUUUACGAAUGGCGACUCCGACGCAGCUCGAUUUCUCUUCCCCUGGUGUUGAUGGUGGUUACGAAGACGACGACGAUACCUCUCCGCUAUCAGCAUCCCUCUCCCGACGAAAAUCUCAACGGAAGCGUUCCUCGAAACGUGCUGCUGCUGCUUCCGAAACAGUAACAGUAGAAGAAGAGACGAAGAAGAAGAAAAGGAAGAAGGUUAAGAAUAGCAACAACAACAACGACAAAGUGAUUUCUCCGAUGAACAGCAACCGGAUCUGGAACGAAGAAGAUGAGCUCGCUAUCUUAAAGGGACUAGUUGAUUACCGAGCUAAGACAGGGUAUCAUACCAAAAUCGAUUGGGAUGCUUUUUAUCGUUACAUCGGAGGUUCAAUUCAUGUCAAAGUCACUAAGGAUCAGCUCUCGAGUAAGAUCAGGAAGUUGAAAAAGAAGUUUCUCGAUCACAUGCUAGACAUCAAUGAAGGAAUUGAUCCGCAUUUUACUAGGUCUAGUGACUCUGAAGCUUUUGGGUUUUCCAUGAUGAUUUGGGGUGAAAAUAAUGCUCAACUUACUAAUGGUGCUGGUGUGGAUAAACCACACCAGAGCGAGAAUGAAGAGGAGGUCGAGGAAGUGGCCUUAAUUGACAAUGGGGCAGCCAAAAGUGACUUUGAUGGCAAAUCACAUCAUGAAGCUAUUGCUGUUGACAAAAUAACUACUGAGAACGGAACUGCUGGAAAAGAGAAUGAUGAUGAUGAUGAGUUGUGCGCAGUGCAGGAUGCAUUUGAGACCAUGAUGGCGCAAGGUUUAAGUGAUUAUCAGAAGAAGCUGCGUGUUAAGAAGCUGAUGAGCCUUGAAACUGAGAAAAGAAGAGAGUUGAGCAAUGAAUGGAAAGCUUUAUGUGAUGAGGAAAGUAAAUUGAGUAUCAAGAAGCUUAGAUUUACAGCAAAGCUUGCAGAGGCAGCAAAUUAAUGAAGAAAGAUGAAAAAUCAAGAAAGCCAUUACUGCAUUUGGUGUUGCUCAUUCCAAAAUUGGCUUUGGAUUGGAUAUAUAGUUUAGUAGUUCUUACUUCUCUAGUUCAGUCAUUACCUAUGGAUGUGGUUUUUUGUCUUCAGCUUUCUACAACUUUUGGUGAUACUACUUGGGAAGUUGUUUCUUUGUGGUAUGUCAUUAGUGGUAAGAAAAUUAGAAUAAUAUAAGUCUAUGUGUGA